UGACAUCAGCGCGGCUUCCUGCCCGCGGCGCCGCGCUCGCCCCCGGGAGCCCCGCGGCACCGGGGCGGGCAGCAGCAGCAGGCCCAGCGCCCGCCGGCCCGGGUGCCCGCGCCCCCCGCCCCGCCAUGGAGUCGGUGGCCCUGUACAGCUUCCAGGCGACGGAGAAGGACGAGCUGCCCUUCCGCAAGGGAGACACCCUGAAGAUCCUCAACAUGGAGGACGACCAGAACUGGUACAAGGCCGAGCUGUUCGGCUCCGAGGGCUUCGUCCCCAAGAACUACAUCAAGGUCAAGCCUCACCCGUGGUACGCGGGCCGCAUCUCCCGGCAGCUGGCCGAGGAGCUGCUGCUGCAGCGCAGGCACCUGGGAGCCUUCCUCAUCCGCGAGAGCGAGAGCGCCCCGGGCGAGUUCUCCAUCUCCGUCAACUACGGGCAGCACGUCCAGCACUUCAAGGUGCUGCGGGAGCGCAACGGCAAGUAUUUCCUCUGGGAGGAGAAGUUCAACUCGCUCAACGAGCUGGUGGACUUCUACCGGACCACCACCAUCGCCAAAAAGCAGCAGGUCUUCCUCCGAGACGACGACCAGGGCCCGGAGGUGAGGAGACCCAAGUUCGUGCAGGCCCAGUUCGACUUCUGCAGCCGCGACAGCUCCCAGCUGCCCUUCCUCCGCGGGGACAUCAUCGAGGUGCUGGCCUGCCCCGACCCUAACUGGUGGCAGGGCAAGAUCUACGGGCGCGUCGGCCUCUUCCCCCGCAACUACGUCCACCCCAUCCACAAGUGAGCUGCUGCCGCCGCCGCCGCCGUCCCGGCCCCACCGAGCCCUGCGUGUGCACUCGUCCUCCCGCCCCGCAGACGGCACCCGUCCCGCGCCCGGCGCCGUGGGAAAACCCACCGGCAAACGGCCCUAAAAACUCCUCCGGAGCGGCCGGAGCCCCCGGACAUGCAAAUGCCGCCGGUGCCCUGGAAUGGCAAAACACCGGAGCAUCCCCGCCCGGAGCCCACGGACCGGGGCGGCUGCCCCAGCCCGUCCGGCCGCGCUGCCCGUUGCAGCUCCGUGGAGGGGCCCGGUGCCCCGGCCGGCGGCGGAGGCCGGGCGCGGAGGAGCUCAGUCCCGUAGGUGCCAGUCAUAGCUGCAAAUUGUGGCAUUUUUUUUCUUCUUUUUUUUUAUUUUGAGCUAAUAAAGUGUGUUUGGGUGAAAGCUGC